AAGAGAGGCAGAGAAGGAAAGAGAGAGAUCCAACAAUCUUUAAACUAGUGGUGUUUUUUUUCCGGAUGCUGUUAAAUUGCAGUGCCAAAGUAAGCCCAUAACGGAAGGCACGCGGGACAUCUCACCUCCCCCGCUACACGGGCACCGCACGGGCAGGCGAUGUGAAGUUGGAUCUCAUUAUACUGAUGCUGUGAAGGGGCUUGCCAUAGCCGUGACUUCAUCAGGUCUCAGUGAGGAUGCUGUGGGUUACCUUGCUGAGCACCAUAGCCCUAGGAUGGACCACCCCGAUCCCACUGCUGGAGGACUCGGAGGAGAUCGACGAGCCCUGCUUCGAGCCCUGCUACUGCGAAGUCAAAGAGGGCGUAUUUCACGUCCACUGCGACAGCAAAGGAUUUACGAACGUCAGUCAGAUCUCCCAGAUAUGGACACGGCCCUUCAAACUCAACCUACAGAGGAACUCCAUGAGGAAGCUGUACUUCAACAGUUUUAUUCACCUCAACAAUGCCGUGUCCAUUAAUCUGGGGAAUAAUGCGCUACAGGACAUCCACGCCGGAGCAUUUAACGGAUUGGGAAUUCUGAAACGGCUAUUCCUCCAUGAGAACAAACUAGAGGUUUUCCGGAAUGACACCUUCCUGGGUCUGGAAAGCUUGGAAUACCUGCAAGCGGACUAUAAUGUCAUCAAGAGGAUAGAGAGCGGAGCCUUCAGGCACCUCCACAAACUCAGAGUGCUCAUCCUAAAUGACAAUCUGAUACCAGUCCUGCCCAGCUACCUAUUCAGGUCGGUGUCACUAACACACCUAGACCUGAGGGGAAACCGGUUAAAGACAUUACCAUAUAAGGGCACGUUGGAAUAUGUGGGGCGGAGCCUGAUGGAGAUUCAGCUAGAGGAGAAUCCAUGGAUCUGUGAGUGUGAUAUAGUUCAGCUAAAAACAUGGUUGGAACGUGUUCCCUACACAGCGCUGGUCGGAGAGAUCACCUGCGAGUACCCCUUCCACUUGCACGGGAAAGAUUUACGUGAGAUCAAACGCAGUGAGCUCUGUCCGUUACUCUCAGACACAGAAAUCGAGGCCAAACUGGGAAUCCCCCGGUCUCCGUUCAACAACGAGAACACGUGGCCAACGAAACCGUCCUCCAUGCUGUCGUCGUUCCACAACACAGCAUCGUCUGUGGAGUACAAAGAGAGACAUGUCAAACCCACCAAACGGCCCAGGCCCACCAAAAACCCUCCCACCCCUCGUAGUCUCUACCCCGGCCUGAACCAGCCCCCUAUAGCUGGCUACCAGACCCGCCCCCCCAUCCCUAUCGUCUGCCCCUCUGGAUGUAUCUGCAACCUCCAUAUCAACGACCUGGGGCUAACGGUCAACUGUAAAGAGAAGGGCUUUCAUAAUAUCUCAGAGCUUCUGCCCAGGCCUCUCAAUGCCAAGAAACUUUACCUGAGUGGAAAUCUGAUACAGAAAAUCUACCGGUCUGAUUUCUGGAACUUUUCCAGCUUGGAUUUACUACACUUGGGGAAUAACCGGAUAUCGUAUGUCCAGGAAGGGGCAUUUAUCAAUCUUCCCAACCUGAAGAGUUUAUAUCUGAAUGGGAACGACAUUGAAAGGCUAACUCCCGGUAUGUUCCGGGGCUUACAGACGUUGAGUUAUCUUUAUUUUGAGUAUAACGUUAUUCGUGAGAUCCAGCCAGCAUCCUUCUCUCUCAUGCCCAGCCUUCAGCUUGUUUUCCUCAACGACAACCUGCUCCGCACUCUCCCGACCGACGCAUUCGCAGGCACCAGCCUGGCACGACUCAACCUCCGCAAUAACUACUUCCUGUCCCUGCCCGUGCGUGGCGUUCUAGAACACCUGCAUUCCAUCGUCCAGGUGGACCUUCAUCAGAACCCCUGGGACUGCUCCUGUGACAUCAUCCCCCUCAAAACCUGGAUGGAGAAGCUGUCCUCUGUAAUCAUGGUUAGUGAUGUCAUCUGUAAGACUCCUGAUUUUGCCUUUGGGAAGGAUCUGAGGUCGCUGGAUGCUGAAGUCAUCUGUCCAGAGCUGAAGUACUCAUCCGGACCUUCCCCAGCUCUCCUCCCCUCUGAUGAUAUGAUAACUGGUAGCUCUGGUCUGGGGGAGGCUGUGGGGAGGGGGCCAGUUCCUCUAUCAGUCCUCAUUCUCAGUCUUCUUGUUCUGUUCAUCUCAGCGGUUUUCGUGGCGGCGGGUCUCUUCGCCUUCGUCCUGCGGAGACGGAAGAAGCUGCCCUUCCGGAAACGCUCUGAGGUGGAUCUGACGGGAAUCCAAAUGCAGUGCAGGAUAUUUGAGGAUCCGCCGAGACAGACCAGCAGUGGAAGCAUAGGCUCACCUGAAAAGCCAACCAGCGGACACACACAUACACACACACAUGGUCACGUUGGCCACACACACACUCACGGUCACGUCUAUGAUUACAUUCCUCACCCUGUGACGCAGAUGUGCAACAACCCCAUUUACAAGCCCCGGGAGGGAGAGGUAGGGGAGGGUGAGGGGGGGCAGUUUGCAGAAACAAAAGAGAACAACAGUAAUUACCGAACCCUCUUAGAGAAGGAGAGAGAAUGGACCCUAGCCAUGUCUAACUCACAGCUCAACACUAUCGUCACGGUAAACCACAAUACAGGGGAUAUAUCGAGUUUUCACGAGAACAGUGGGCUGUGUCCCACCGUGAUUGACAGCCAGAGACCCACGCCAACUGUCGGCUUCGUAGACUGUCUGUAUGGAACGGUGCCGAAGCUAAAGGACGUGCACGUUGCACAUGCACACCCGCCUGGUAUGCAAUACCCGGACUUACAACAGGACGCACGUCUCAAGGAUACGUUGCUGUUCACAACAGGGAAAGGCUGCUACCCUGACUCCUCCCAAAGCGAUUACCUCGAGUUAAGGGCCAAACUCCAAACCAAGCCGGAUUACCUCGAAGUACUGGAGAAAUCAUAUCGGUUCUAACACACGGAGUUUAGCAUAAACUACAUAUAAACACACACUCUCCCUUUUCCAUACCCCAAACGGAACAAAAUCACGUAAGAAAAACUAAACAAAAAAGCAGCAUGAUAUUAAAAUGAAAUAUUAUAUUACAAAAAGUUUUCCCCCAAAAUCGCUUUGGAGGAAAGGCCAUUCUCAGAUAUUCAAUGAAGUGCCUUUUUUCAGAGUAGCCAGCAAUGUUAUCAACCCUUAUUUUUAUAUGGAACAGAUUGGUCUAUAUGCUGAGGAGAGUGAGAGAGCAAGGAAGAGGAGAGAGACACCGGGAAAAACACAACAUCCGACAAUAUAUCCCAUCUAACGGAACCCUUCACGAGCUCUCACAUGGUGGAGUGGAGUAACCCUGUGCGCGAGCUGGAUGUCUCCACCGGGCUCGUGUUUCUGUCUCGCUAUCUUUCAGGUGGAUAUAUAAACGCCCGGUGCCGUGCACAUGAAGUUUGUAGGAAAUAAAUAAAACAUGAAGAAAAUAAAUUGCAGUUUGCUGCAUGCACUCGAUCCAUUGCAGUGGUGAGGGAUUUGCUCAGAACUAUCACUCACGUAUUAAUAGAGAUACUGUAACACAUUACGGUUCAGUGUUCUGUUUCAUUUUAUAUAUUAUUAUCAUUAUUAUUAUUAAAGAGGACUACUAUAUAUCUGGGUGCAAUUCUCAAGGACGUGCUCGCCCAAGGAUGAAAAUAACAUUUGUGAAUAUAUUAUAUGAUGACGCUCAAGGUUUUCUGGAAAUCCACGCACUUUGUUAAGAACCAUGCAUCGGAUUAUCUAUCUCAUCGACACUAACGGCUUUGUAGGGGGCACUUUUAAUGUUUUCUCUCUCACAAAGAUUUGAAGAAAAUAUGUGCAUAUAUUUAUUCUGUAAUUUCAGUGAACAUUUUAUUGUAAAGGUAAUGUUAAAUAAAUGUAUAGUAAAUAUG